GACUGAGCACCAGCGAGCUUGCUAGCUCAAGCUACCUCCUGGAAAACGGAAAUGUUCAGUGUGCACAGAGGCUUGCAUAUUUCACUCUGACAUCUCACUACCAUGUUUUCCAACAUGGUAGUGGUUAGGUAAUGCUGAAGGUUUUUUUUUUUUUCCUUUUGCUAUCUUCAUUUUUUUUUGGCUUUUUAAAAUUUUGUUUUCUUUUUAUUCUUCUCCCCGCUCCUUCUGUACCUCCCUCCCUCUCCCCUUUUCUUUUCUUUCUCUUACUUUUAUUCCUUCCUUUCUCUCUUUCUUCUUUCUUUUAGUCUUUAUUUCCUUUUUUUUUUUUUUUGGUAGUGAGAAAGAAUUAGAUUGUUUUUUUCUCAGAACAGGGAGCUAGAAUUUAUGUAUAUAUCAGUAGCAUCCUUGUUGGAGUUGUUGUCGCUUGAAUUCUUUGGAGAUCUCUGGAGAAAACAAAGAAACUGAAACGGCAUAAAUGAAUUAAACCAGUCAGAUUCCCCAUGGCUUCUUGAGAAGACCCUAUUGCUAUGACUAAGGAAUUCCACUACCAUUGGAGAAACAGUAGAUGUUGAACAAUUCUUGCAUCCUUGGAAUAAAUCCCACUUGAUCAUGGUGCAUCAUUCUUUUAAGCUUUGCCUUUGUUUCCCAUUUUUAAGCUUUCAACACAUAGCUGAAAAAGUCUUGGAAAACAGAUCUAUCCAAAUUAAUCACCUCUGAAGAACUGCGGACUUACUGAGUACUAAAGCAAUCCUUUCUUCUACGUGAGGCAAACAUAAGAAAAAAAACAGCCUGUCAAACACCUGUAAAGAGAUGGCUAUCAUCAUAUGGAAAUUUGAAGAGCUGCUACGUAACAAUUCAUGGUCCAAAUGGGAGAGUCAACUGUUAUGAUGUCCCAGGAAGUCUUAUAACAGGGAACAAAAGGGGAAAAUUGUAACAGCUUGUUAUCUGUGCUUGCACACUGGACUUCAGCAUAAUUAUUAUAAAAAAAUCCAAAGCAAAUAUGCAAAUAGUUCUUUGAAAAGUCCCCGAAUUAUGUGUAGAGGCUCAGAUCAAUGCAGUAAAUGCAGUUAUACUCACUCUCUAUCACCCAUUCAUAAUUAGUCUUUUAGGAAGAGUGGCAGUUAAUUGUGAAUUUAUAUUUAGAUCCACUAUUUGGCAGACAGUUGCUCUGGGAACAAACAUGCUUGCAAAUUACACAUGUGCUGGGCCAGAAGGAUAUAAGACAGAUUCUCGAUAUUUUAUCUAUGCAGUGACAUACACUGUAAUUCUUGUGCCAGGUCUCAUAGGGAACAUAUUAGCCUUAUGGGUAUUUUACGGCUAUAUGAAAGAAACCAAACGGGCUGUGAUAUUCAUGAUAAACUUAGCCAUUGCUGACUUACUGCAAGUUCUCUCCCUGCCACUGAGGAUCUUUUACUACUUGAAUUAUGACUGGCCAUUUGGGCCUGGCCUCUGCAUGUUCUGUUUCUACCUGAAGUAUGUCAACAUGUAUGCAAGCAUCUACUUCUUGGUCUGCAUAAGUGUGCGACGAUUUUGGUUUCUCAUGUACCCCUUUCGCUUCCAUGACUGCAAACAGAAAUAUGACCUAUACAUCAGCAUUGCUGGCUGGUUGAUCAUCUGCCUUGCCUGUCUCCUCUUUCCUCUCCUCAGAACCAGUGAUGACAUCUCAGGCAACAGAACCAAAUGCUUUGUGGAUCUUCCUACCAGGAAUGUCAAUCUGGCCCACUCGGUUGCCAUGAUUACCAUUGGCGAGUUGAUUGGGUUUGUCACUCCUCUUCUAAUUAUUGUAUAUUGUACCUGGAAGACAGUUUUAUCACUGCAUGAUAAAUAUCCUGUGGCCCAAGACCUUGGGGAGAAAAAAAAAGCCUUGAAGAUGAUCUUAACCUGUGCAGGAGUAUUCCUAAUUUGCUUUGCACCAUAUCACUUCAGCUUUCCUUUAGAUUUCCUGGUCAAGUCCAACAAAAUUCAAAGCUGCCUAGCCAGAAAGGUGAUUCUAAUAUUUCAUUCUGUUGCCCUCUGUCUUGCUAGUCUGAAUUCUUGUCUUGACCCAGUCAUAUACUACUUCACCACUAAUGAGUUCAGAAGACGACUUUCAAGACAAGAUAGUAUCCAACUCUAUGUAAAAUCCUUUGUAAGCAACCAUAUCACUUCUACUCUGACAACUGAAUUAUGCUAAAUUAAAACAAAACCUGAAUGUGGUCUAAAAUGCAAGUAUAUCAGUACAUAUUUAUAAUACCCCAAGCCACUGGAAAGUAAUCAUAGGAAGCACUCACUGCUGUUCAUUUAUGCUCUAUCUUACCUAUAUGACAAAUUCACACCUUUAUAAUGGAACCUGUUUUUAAAGCAUUGUAUUCCACCAUCACUGUUGUUGAUAUGUCUGUGUAAUAAUUUGUUAUUAAGUUAGGAUUUAAACUGUAAAACUUCAGUGACAUUCUAUAUAUGUAUGCACUCAAUUAGAGUCAUCAUAAGCACUUAGUUUUGCCACAAUGGACACUGAGUCUCUGUACUUAGAGGCGAUGUAGUUGUCUAUUUAUACUGGUAAUCACAGUUUAUAUUCAAAUACCAUAUUUUGAGUGUAUUUCAACUAAGAUGGGCAAUUUGUUAUUCUGUGAAAACAGAGUGGUAUAAAUAUGGGACUAUUUUUAUCUCCUAUGUGUGAUUAUACUCUAGGGUUUGAAGACUCAAAUAACUAUUCUCUUCAUUUAGGUGUCAAUAUGAAACAUCAUGUCACACUUAUUCAUAAAAUGAAAAUCUGAGCUCAGGCCUCUGGUAUGUUUAAAGUAAGAACAAGAAACAAAUUCAUAUACAGUAACCUCUAAGAUUAUAUAAGAUGUCUUACGGAAUCCACCUAGAUCAGAUAGCUCACCAAAGUACAUACAAUGUAACCUAAAUUUUUUCUAUAGGUCUGGGAGAUGGCAGAUAAGUGACAAUCAGAGCUCCAGUUCUCUUAAACUAUUUCCUAAGAAUACCUAUUGAAAUGUAUGGACCUGCCUAAUAGAGAGAGCUUCCACCAUCCUUCUAGAGUAACACUGAAUAUCUCUGACAGGACACUGCACUAUUUGAGCUUAUGAAGAAGUAGUGCAGUAAUUAAUUACUAAGCUUAGGCCAGAAUAAAAAGAUGAAGGGAUGGGUACACCUCUUAAAAGUCUCACCACUUUGUAUUCAUUACUUUAAAUGAUGAUUGUCAAGCCACCUUCAUGAACUGAAGGCAAACAGGCAUGUGGACCUUAGAGUCUUCAGAAAUUUUGGGGGGCCAGCUUUGCCUCAGUCAUACCAUUGUGAGUCCUGCACAGCCUACCUCCCAGAAGCUAUGGGAGGAGAUUCUUUCACCAUUUUUGAGAAAAUAAAAGUGCAGAAGAUGAAUUUUGACAGCAUUGGACACCCCUUACAGUUAUUUACCUGUUAGCUGUUUGGUGCUAGUAUGCAGGUAGCAGACCCAAGAUAUGAGUCAUAGUUAUAUCUGAAGUUAAAAUAUUAUAGUACCUUGAAAUAUGUUUUAGCAGAAAGCUCUAAUUUAAAACAAUGAUCUACUUAAAAAUCUGUGUGCUAUAUAAUAAAGACACAUGCUACUUCUCAUCUAGAAGGAAUGUAGAAAUCAACCAAGGGCUCCAUCAUAUUUUCAUAGGAAAGGAGUUGUUUUGGGCACACAGUUAUGAUACUAAUAUGAUUUGGGAGAAGCUGGCAAAUCAAAAUUAAUGGAAAAUAUUCAAAUGUUUUUUCUAGACAAGUAUUGAUUUUACUUUGUUAUUAAAAUAAUACCUUAUUAGAAAACAGACUUUGUGCUGCUAGCAAUGGUGUGUUUGUCUCUUUAUUAUUCAUCAUAAUGUACAUAUUGUGAUGUAUUAUAAGAGUUCUAAAUGAGUGUUAAAUUGUGUUUUAAAAAGGAGGAACUGUAACUAUGUCUGGUCUGUUUGCUUUAAAGUGAUUUGUGUUUGAAUAUAAUUUAACGUUUUAAUGGGAUCACAAGUAAUAAUUUUGUGGGUACUUAUAAUAAAAGAGUCUUGUUUAUAGCA